GCUCCACUGUGCGCGGCCGUGCGUCCGUUCCGCCCGUAGGAUCGUUAAAAAUAUGCAAAAGUAUGAGAAACUUGAGAAAAUAGGAGAAGGCACUUAUGGGACAGUCUUCAAAGCGAAGAAUCGCGAGACCCACGAAAUCGUCGCCCUGAAGCGCGUGCGGCUCGACGAGGACGACGAGGGUGUGCCUUCGUCGGCUCUCAGAGAGAUCUGUUUGCUGAAGGAGCUGAAGCACAAGAACAUCGUGCGCCUGUACGACGUGCUGCAUAGCGACAAGAAGCUGAUCCUCGUCUUCGAACACUGCGACCAGGACCUGAAGAAGUACUUUGACAGCCUCAACGGGGAGAUCGACCUGGACGUGGUCAAGUCGUUCUUCUACCAGUUGCUGCGUGGCCUGGCAUUUUGUCACAGUCGGAACGUCCUCCACAGGGACCUGAAGCCGCAGAAUCUGCUGAUCAAUAAGAACGGCGAACUGAAAUUGGCCGACUUCGGACUGGCCAGAGCGUUCGGCAUUCCAGUGAAAUGUUACUCGGCCGAGGUUGUCACGCUGUGGUACCGACCUCCGGAUGUGCUGUUCGGCGCAAAGCUCUACACGACGUCCAUUGACAUGUGGAGCGCGGGCUGCAUAUUUGCAGAGUUAGCCAACGCCGGCAGACCGCUGUUCCCUGGUUCCGACGUGGACGAUCAGCUCAAGAGGAUAUUCAAGAUGCUCGGAACCCCGACCGAGGAGACCUGGCCCGAUCUCACGACUCUGCCGGACUACAAGGCGUUCCCGUUGUACCAUCCGACUCAGGGGCUCUCUCAAGUGACGCCGAAACUAACUUCGAAAGGAAAGGACUUGCUUCAAAGAUUAUUAAUGUGCAACCCAGCCCUUCGGUUAUCGGCAGAGGAGGCGAUGCUGCAUCCCUACUUCCACGACCUGAACCCUGCCAUCAAGAACGAUCGGUGCCAAUGAGAGGAGUUCUCCGGUUAGUGUUUAGAGCGAGCGAGCGAGCGCUCUCAGCGACCAAAAACGGAGAGAGAGGGAACGACAAAGAGAAAAGAGGAAUAAAACGGAAACCAAAAAAGGAGACGCCAACUCCGACGAGGAUUAUUUAUUAUAUGGCGCGUGGGACGCGCGUCGAAGACGCACUGUGAAAUAUCGACGGAGUCCUGUUUUAUAUACGAGUGUCCAAGGCGAAUCAAUAAAAUGUCAAUUUUGAGUCGGCAAGUCGUUACUCCGACAAACUAGUUCCCUUCUGUGCCUAGUUUGAGGCAUCGGAACGAAAGGAAAAAAAUCUCCUUACCCAGGGUUGGCGAGGAGAAUUAUAAAUCCAAUCGAUGACUAUAAUAAUUACGGUCAUAUAAAAAAUUGCACUUUGCAGCUUA